AAAAAAAAUUGCAAUCUGUAUUUCAAAAAAAAAAUUGAAUUGAAUCUUUUCGUUAUGAUAUUCCUUUCUCUGCAAGUUUCUGUCACUAACCCACUAUUUUGCUGUUUUUCGCAUUUUUUUUAUUUAAUAAUGGAAUAAUUCGGUGUUCUUCUUGAGUACCAUGUUUGAACCGAUUUUUCAAUUAGUCGAUUCGCUCGCAUUCGUGGCUUCUCCUCAGAUCCGAAAAUUUCUCCAGUCUGUUUUUCGAUUCGCCAUUCUCCCAUACUGAAUGCCGUAGUUUCGUGUGUUUUGUUUUACCCAUCGCGUUGAUUGAAGGAAUCGGAUUGGCAGAGGGAGAUUUUGGAGAAUUUAUAGUGUUGAGGUUGAUUUUCUUCCUGCGAGUUUGUUACCAUAGGUGAAGCGUUUCAUGUUGCUAUUGUUGUUGACGAUUGUCGAUUGAAAUUGAUUCUAUUCUCUGGUUUUUGGCAAUGUGGAUUGAAUAGAUCUGAUUUAGCCAUCUUUGGAAAACUUUGUUGGUACUGAAUCAGGGGUUUCAGGCCUGGUUGGUUCAGAAUUUUAGGGUUUCUGAUUUCGAUUCGAUUGGGGAUUCGUUUUGCGCAAUUGGAUUGAUUAUUUUGCUACUAAGCUUUCUAGGGAAGGAAAUUGCGAUUUCAGGCCCGGUUGAUCUACAAUUUAGGGCUUCUGAUUUCGAUAAAUCUAGCCUCCGUUGAAGAGAUAACCAUCUGGAAUUUACAGUCCAAGGAAUUUGAUUUUCUGAUCAAUCUGAAGGGAGAGGACGAUGCUAAAACCUCAAUUGAAUUGAAUGGUGUGCUAAAUUAGGGUUCUUCAUGUUUUAGGAUCAUCAAUUUUCCUUUGAAUAGAAGCAGGUGGCCAAAACUUACAUUUGUAAUGGGCUGUGCCUGCUCAAAAGGGGUGAAUGAUGAGAUCAAAGGCAAGAAGAAGGAGAAGGGAUUGAGGAAAUCUUCAAAACGACUGGUAGCUUCCUCCAGGGAGGAUGAUGUUACAGUGGAGGUCGACAAUGGAGGCAGUGAUGCAACCACCAGGCUAAUAUCAACAGAGCCUGUUGAUACUGGCUCUACCUCAACUCCAUGGGACGAGGGAAACAAGAAGCCGGCAAUUUUUGAGAACGGCGCAGCGUUACAGAUGCAAAGUCGGGCAUCCGUGGAGCCUGUCCACCAGAAAAUAGGACAGCCUCCGAUCUGUAGGGUGUUUACUGUCCAGAAUGGGGUGGAUGGGACUCAAGUGGUCGCUGGAUGGCCGGCGUGGCUAACAUCUGUGGCCGGGGAAGCUAUCAGAGGAUGGAUACCUCGAAAGGCAGAAUCUUUCGAGAAAUUGGAUAAGAUCGGUCAAGGGACUUACAGCAGCGUAUUCAGGGCUCGUGAUCUAGAAGCUAGAAAGAUCGUCGCCCUGAAAAAGGUGCGGUUUGUGAACAUGGAUCCAGAAAGCGUUCGUUUCAUGGCCAGGGAAAUCCUUAUCCUACGAAGGCUAGAUCACCCAAAUGUUAUGAAGCUCGAAGGCCUUGUUACUUCCCGAGUAUCGGGCAAUUUAUACCUCGUAUUUGAAUACAUGGAACAUGAUCUCUCGGGGCUUCUAGCCUCGCCCAUAGUUAAAUUCACAGAACCUCAGAUAAAGUGCUUCGUGCAACAGCUGUUCCGGGGACUUGAACACUGUCACAGUCAAGGAGUACUACAUCGUGAUAUCAAGGGUUCAAAUCUUCUGAUCAACAAGAAUGGGAAUCUGAAGAUUGGCGAUUUUGGGCUGGCGACUUUUUUCCACACCAAUCAAAAACAGCACCUGACUAGCCGCGUCGUGACAUUGUGGUAUCGACCUCCCGAGCUUUUGCUUGGGGCUACAGAUUAUGGAGAAGCUGUUGAUUUGUGGAGUUCGGGUUGCAUUCUUGCUGAAUUGUUUGCAGGAAAACCAAUCAUGCCUGGAAGAACAGAGGUAGAGCAACUGCACAAGAUCUUCAAGCUUUGCGGUUCGCCCUCAGAAGAGUACUGGAAAAAAUCAAAGCUACCGCACGCAACGAUCUUCAAACCACAACAUCCAUACAAGCGAACUGUGGCCGAGACAUUCAAAAACUUUCCGCCAGAAGCGUUAAAGCUUCUGGAAUCGCUGCUGGCAUUUGAACCCGAGCGGAGAGGAACGACGACAGCUGCGCUACGUAGUGAGUUCUUCACAACUAAACCGCUACCCUGUGAUCCAUCUUCUCUGCCGAAAUACCCUCCGAGCAAAGAGUUUGACGCCAAAAUGCGAGAUGAAGCAAGGCGACGGAAACCAGCCGGCGGAGGAGGCGGGAUCCAAAAUUCAAGAAAAGCGCCGCAAGAAUCCAAAGCAGUCCCUGCACCUGAAGCUAAUGCUGAACUACAAGCUUCGAUACAGAGAUGGAAAGGACGACAGGCGAACCCCACGAGCAACAGCGAUGUUUACAACACCCAAGAAGAUAGUGGUUCCGGUUUCCCAAUCGAACCUUCCGGAGCAUCCUCACAAAGUGAUCGGAAUUCCUUGCUCGUUGCCGACGAAGGGCUUCACAGUUCUUACAGGGAGCUAAAGCAACAGAGAUCCUUUAAGCCCCGAGCCGUAGCUGCUCACUUAUCCAGAUUCUCGAAUUCAGUCGCAGCAGCUCAUAGCAGUUCGCAGCUUGAUUUUAGCAGAGACAGUAGCCUGAAUCCGUUAUACGAUCGGGUGAAUGAAUCUAAGCCGUCCAACAGGUUCCCGGGGAAGCAAGAUCCAUCGCUCAACAAUAAUGGCCACAUACCUAAUCCUGAGGUGUAUGGCACACAAGAAUCGCGAAUACACUAUUCGGGCCCUUUACUGCCUCCGGACGGGAGCGUGGAAGAGAUGCUGAAGGAGCACGAAAAACAGAUCCAAAUAGCUGUUAGAAAAGCUCGGGAGAAGAGCAAGAUGCGGAAAGGGCAGAUCGACAAUGGACAAACGGAUUCACUCCUAGGCGGUUGAUAAACAUCGAUUCUCUCUCGUGUCAGCACGAACGAGCUCAUAUGAUGAAUGUCGACCGUGGUGGCAGCCGGAUUGUCGAUCGACCCCCCCGGCCGGGUGAGUGUUUUUGAGGCUGAGGGAGGGAUUUUUUUGGAUGAGAUUUUGUUGAGGCUGAUAUAUAUAUAUUGAUGGAUGAUGUACAUACAGCAGGAUUUCGUAAAAUGUAAAUCCUUGUUUUUUUUUGUUCA